AUGCCCGGGAUUGACUUCACUGUUUACAAGGGCUCAGAGGGCGGCAAGGUCGUCCAAGCGACAGCUGCCGGCCAAGCUCUUGGCCCCAACGAGGUCCUUAUCCGGAUCACCCAUGCCGGCUUGUGCGGCACAGACCUGCACUUCAGAGGGCAGGACAUGGUCCUCGGCCACGAAGGUGUCGGUGUCGUCCAGCAGAUCGGAGCACAAGUAAAACACUUCAAAGUCGGCGAGCGCGCGGGCUGGGGCUACCUGCACGAGUCCUGUAUGAGCUGCGAAAGCUGCUUCACCGGGAACGAGAUCCUCUGCUCCGAGCGGCACCUGUACGGCACGCACGAGCACGACCGCGGCGCAUUCGCGUCGCAUGCCGUGUGGAACGAGAACUUCCUGUUCCACAUCCCCGACGCGAUCUCCUCGUCCGACGCGGCGCCCAUGAUGUGCGGCGGUGCGACCGUCUUCAACGCUCUGGAGAAAUACGGUGUGCGCGAUACGGACCGUGUCGGCGUCAUUGGCGUCGGUGGGCUUGGGCACUUUGCGAUCCAAAUCGCAGCGAAGAUGGGCUGCGAGGUCGUCGUGUUCUCCAGCACGGAGAGUAAGAAGGAGGAGGCAAUGCGCCUCGGCGCGACCGAGUUCUACCCAACCAAGGGCGUACAGGAGCUCAAAAUCGGGAGACCGCUGGACCAGCUUCUUGUCACGACGAGCCAGCAGCCAGAUUGGAACAUGUACCUGCCGGUUAUGGCGCCCAAUAGCACCAUCUUCCCCUUGACCGUAUCCGAGGGCGACCUCAAAGUGCCAUACUUUCCGCUCUUGGCCAACGCCAUUCGCAUCCAAGGAUGUCUCCCCCCGUCGCGCGCCAUCCACAUGAAGCUCUUGCGUUUCGCUGCAUUCCACAAGAUUAAGCCCGUCAUACAAGAGUUCCCGCUCACGAGGGAGGGCAUCGAGGAGGCGAUGGAUAGGUUGGACAAGGGCGAAAUCAAGUAUAGAGCCGUCCUAGUGGCCGACAAGGCAUGAUCCUGGUGACGCGGUGAUUUCUUUGCAUGUUAUGGGUUAUUGGUUACAUUGAUAGACUUAUAGACUGGCUGUCCGUUAUUAUUAUUAUGGCAUCAUUAAUAGCGUCCAUUUGAACAUUGUUACGCAUUGAAGUGAUGUUGAUGGAGCAAAGUUGCUCCGUGCAUGUAUUCUUUCUUAGGCUAGGUGCAUAGCGAAACGGCUCAUUUGGCCCGGAGUUAUGAGGAGUUCAACCAUGUUAGCUUGCUCGAUUAACUCCUCAUGGCAACAAUAAAGGAGCCAGAGCUUGAAAGUAGGCGGUGCCUAUCUCUGAGCCCAUCCAACGGCAACAUAAUGUAUGCCAUUGUGUAGCGCAACCAAUAGCUCAGACUUCAAUGUCUAAAACGGUAAAGUAAGAAGAAGAUCGAGUCCAACGCAAAAUCUCCUUAUAAACGGGUUCAUACCAGCCUACACC